GCCUUUAGACGACAGACCGCGUCAUGCAAUCAAGCAUUUCCCUAUAACUAAUCGUCAAAAUGCACAAACAACACCUAAAACAACACAUAAGUUUCGUCUUGAAAUGAAAAGAUAAGAAUUUUAAAGAGCGUAUGAUUCACUUGAACACUAUUAAGUAUUGUAUUUAUUUAUAUUAAACAUAAUUAACUAUCUUUAUAAAACACAACGACUCUCUUUAUAAACUCUUUUCCGAUCUUACCUCCUUUGCAUUUUUUCUCAAUAAAGAUACACACAAACCCUCAUUAUCAAUAUCCUCAUCAAUAAGCCAAAACCAACCCCACCAAACAGAAACAACUAUUAUAGAAAACAUAUAUAGAGGAGUAGAGAAAUAGGGAUGAGGAGUACUACCGGAGGAGAGAUAGUUCAAGUAGAAGGAGGGCACAUAGUUCGAUCCACCGGUAAAAAGGAUCGGCACAGCAAGGUUUACACGUCAAAAGGACCCCGUGAUCGUAGGGUUCGUCUCUCAGCACACACAGCCAUCGAAUUCUACGAUGUUCAAGAUCGCCUUGGCUUCGACAGACCAAGUAAAGCAGUGGACUGGCUCAUCAAGAAAGCAAAGUCUUCCAUUGACAAACUCGCCAAGCUUCCUCCAUGGCAUCCGAUUGGCGAAAAUCACACACUAAAACCUCAAGAAGAGCAGAAUGUAGCUGCAGACACAACUGGUAUGGCUAUUGGAGAAUCAUCAGAAUCUAAUGGUUACAGUUUUCAUCUCUUAAGUCAAUUAAGUGAGAAUCAAGUUAACAGUUCAUCUUUCAUUUCACCACAUGAUGUUGAAACUAAUCCUAUACCUUUCUUUCCAACUACCUCUUCUACUUCCUCAUCCAUCAAUUUCCAAAACUACCCUUCUGAAAACCUUGGCCUCUCUCUUCAUUCCUUCCAAGAUCACAAUGGUUUCAUUCCUUGGCAAUCACAACAAGUAUGUGAAAACAAUGAAACUUCAGAUGUAAACCAAAACCAAGCACUUUUUGAGAACCAAUAUCAGAGAAUUGUGAAUUGGAACAAUGAAACAACCAAUGAUUAUAUCAAGAAAGUUGGAUUCAUGGUAAACUCAAAUCCAUUUCUAGGCCAAGGUUCAUAUUCAGGUUCAGAAUACUCUCCAAAUGAGACACUUGAGUCGAAUUUUUCACAUUCGGUUAGAACAUGGAAUGAAAUUCCUAUGGCUGCUUCUUCUUCAGAGGUUCAUCAUCACAGGUCUCAACAAGCUUCAAUCUUCGGAAACAGGUUUGGUUCUGAUGGAUUAGCAGGGUUCUGCGUUGCUGAUACAGUUCAAGGUGGUGAAGAGGGUCAUGGAGUUUCUUCUAAUAGGCUUUCUUCUCCUAACAACAAUUGAGCAAUGUUUUUUUUUUUUUGUAAUAUUUCUAUCAGGUAUUAUUCCACUCAUAAUAUUAGGUUGAAGUUGUAAUCUUUUUUUAUAUUUUUAGCUUUAUGGAAUCAAUGAAAUAAAACUCAGCAAAUCAAGUACCAAAUUUAAAUUUCUUUCAUGCCACUGAGUGAAGAUUAAAGGGUCACCAUUUUGUGAAUUUUUUUUUUUUUUUUUGUGGUAACUGUGUGUGAAAAAUAUGUCUUUCAAGUUUACUUUUUUGUUUGUUGUUAGUUUUAAAUUUCAAAUGAUUCCAUUGAACCAUCCCUGCUUGCAUUCAUGUAGGCUUGAUGUAUGCAAAUGCAAUUGCUGGAUUAUAGUCGUUAGUGUUUGGUGAAUGUUGAGAACGAUUAUGUUCAUUUGAUAAAUAAAAUCUAGGGU